GACGCAUUUAAAUUUAAUUGCUUGAUGUGUUUACAAUUUCACCAAAAUUUCAGUGAAAAUAAAUUUUAUUAAAAAUUAAAUUUUUGUUUUUUAUUACAUAUAUACAAAGCUUACGAAGAGCUAAAUUAUUUAGUUUAUCUUAAAAAAAGUUGUUCCGAAAAUUAUUCAAAUACGCCUAUUCGUGUCGGUUUCGUUGCUGCAAUAUGUUGUGGCAGGAUGCUUUCGGUCAAAAUGACAUUCAUGCCAACAAUAAAUGGUUUCUUUCGGCUUGGCAAAUUUUUACAUUAAUUAUAAUUGGCUGGUUUGCAGAAGCCGGAAAUUGUGAAUUUGGUAGUUUCGAAAAACUCGUUGUGCCCGAUACCUACACAAUUCCCAGCGUUUCAGCAUCACCACAGGGACGCUCCUUUGCGCCACGUUCCUACUACGAAGGCGGCACCGAGUGCACAGUGGGCACGGAAUGCACCCCACUACACGACUGUACGGCAAUGAUUUACGAAGUGGCGAAACGUUGCUAUUAUGGCGACAAAUCGCUAUUUUGCGGCGGGGGCGAGGAAAUGCCAUACGUAUGCUGUCCGAGUAGUCCGCUCGAAAAGAAUCAAGUGUGCGGCAAAUCGCUGGUGCAAGGGCAUUUCUAUCGGGGCCUAGGCACACACCCGUUCGUGGCGCGCGUCGGUUUCAAGCAUAUCAACACUGGUGCUUUUGCGUAUCCUUGCGCUGGUUCGGUCAUUGCGAGACGCGUCAUUUUAACAGCUGCUCACUGUGCCUUGGCUAAGGCAGAAGGACAUCGACUCUCUUCGGUGCGCGUGGGUGAAUAUGACACCUCCAGUGAUCCGGAUUGUGCGAGCACAGGAUUUUGUGCGCCUCGCUCCGUCAAUCAUGCGAUUAGCCAUGUCAUUGUGCAUCCAGACUAUAAACAGGGCCAAUAUCAUCACGAUAUCGCUUUGCUGGUACUAAAAACGCCACUCAACUAUUCAGUCGCAACUCAACCAAUUUGCCUGCAAAAGUCGCGAACCAACUUGGUGGUGGGUAAGCGCGCAACGAUCGCAGGCUGGGGCAAAAUGUCCACUUCCAGUACGCGUCAACCGGAAAUGGCACAUUUGGACGUACCACUAACCAGCUGGGAUCUUUGUUUGCGCAAUUACGGCUCCACCGGUGCACUUGAAUCUCCGAAUUCAAUAGAAGGGCAAUGGAUGUGCGCAGGUGGUGAGGGCAAAGACGUGUGCCAGGGUUUUGGUGGUGCGCCGCUGUUUAUACAGGAAAAUGGCAUUUACUCACAAAUCGGUAUAAUGUCCUUUGGUUCGGAUAACUGUGGCGGCUUGCGUAUACCGAGUGUUUACACAUCGGUGGCUCAUUUCGCUGAAUGGAUACACGACAAUACGCCACCGGAGUAAGCGGCACUCUUACCUGCAUAUGAGAAGUUUUGGAGUAUUUGGUUUUUAAGAAAUUUGUACAGGUUUUCAAGUAAAAUUGAGGCAGUUGUUGGCGGUCUUCAGACGGAGUCCGCUAAUAUUACAAUUCGGCAUACGGUUACUAGGUAAACUUUUUGAAGGCACAUAUUUUGCUUUCAUUCUUGAAAAAGUCAGAAAUGGCAAUUUAAUUUUUUUGGAACAAAAAAAAGAACAAAAAUAACAAAAAGAAAUAUCACAUAAUAAGGUGCCUUCCAGCGAUUUUCGGACAAAAACCUUUAGUAUUGUCAAACAGCAAAAUAAUUCUCAUAAGAGAGUGUAACGGGAGCGCAUUUGGGAAAUAGUGAUAGAACGCAAAAGAGAAUUUUUCCUGCAAGUAUAUGCAUACGAGGGUUGCUAUUUAUAUUUCUAGCCUAACAAUGGCAAAGUAAGCAUUUGAGUUUAAAAACUGUUUUAUUGUUUUUCAAAAUAUUCUUCUCUUUUAAAGUCGUUUGAACCUAUUUUCGAAGCACUCUAUCCCGUUGCGCGAUGGUGCUUGUUCGGCUUAAUUCAUCGUUGCAUUUUUGACUUGUUAAUCCACGUCGAAAUUUGUGAAAAAAUAAUUACACGAAUAUGUUUAAAUUCAUUUAUUUGGUUUAUUUCUAUAUAUUGAGUUGGGGAUUAAGAGGUUCUUCAUCAAAUUCAGAAAGCCCUUCGCAGCGGGACGUGUCAUCGACCUCAAAGUUAUCAUUUUAGAACUUUUAAAAACCUUUCCGUGCUGUGGACUCGUCUAUGAUACCUUUUCCGUACACGUCGCAAAUGUCCCGGGCUGCUUUGGCAGCUUUUUGACCUCGAUGAGAAGCAAAGAAGAGCAGAUGUCGAAAAUGUUUCUUUUUGCCUCCUGGGUAUUCCAUUUCUAAGUCUCAAAACUAAUAAAAAAUUAAAUAAUUCAAAAAUACAAUGAACAUAGUUUUGUAGUGCAGAAAGAAUUCUAUCGAAUGAGUGCUUACUCUUUGCCAAACAGCAAACGAAUCGUUGUAAAGCAAAAGAAAAUAUAAAAACGCUAAGAACUUAUUCCCCAACCCAAUCGCUCACACAUCAAUACGUUCUAAGUCCGUGGACAGUAAAAUAUGUAAAAUUUUCCUAUAGAAAUGUUAGAUGGCGUCUGACAAUACUAGAAGUGCCGCAGACCAGAAAUAUAAAUAGCAACCCUCGUAAAAGUUAAAAUUUUUGUUUUUUGUUAAUUACAAAAUUCUAAUAUUCUUAAACCCAAAAUUAUUGAUUUCGCGUGCAAAAACUUUUCAAUGAAUUUUAAUCGAAAAACUUAUGAUCUUAGUCCCCUUUGCUGAAAUGUCAAAGCCCGGUGAAAAGUUUGAUAAAUUCCUUGUUGGUUUAUGUAGGCACUACAAUCUCAAAAUAGCUUUUAACACUGUUUGUUGUUGUUUUUUUCCUAAAACUUAUGUACAAGGUGGCGCAAAAGUAACCUUGCGAUGUUUUUAGGCUGUAAUUUAAAAAAAAAAAUGAAAAACUUUGAUUCUUCUUGUGGAUUAUUUUUAUUUGGUCUUUUAAUUUUUUUUACAUUAAGUCGAAAAUAUGAUGUCAUGUAAAUGGCCGCCGCCACAGUUGAUUGCGAUAGGUCCUCACAUUCUUGACGGAUAUUGUCUUUAAGAGCUGCAAGAGUCUGAGGCUUGUUGCCAUAAACCCGCGCCUUCAAAAAGCCUCACAAAAAGAAGUCUGGAGCGGUCAAAUCAGGCGAUCUUGCUGGCCAGUGCAAAUCCCCAAAACGGGAGAUUAGGCGCCCGGGAAAUGCAUCCUUCAGAAUAUCGGUUGUGGCACGUGCAGUGUGUGCUGUUGCACCGCCCUGUUGGAACCACAUGUUUUCCAAUCCCAAUUCAUCAAGUUGCGGCAAAAAGAACUCGAUGAUCUUCGAAGACUCCUCCAGCGAAAACAGCACACCAUACAGUGACUUUGAGCGGGUGUAAUGGCUCUUCGUGGGUUACACGCGGAUUUUCAGUGCCCCAGAAGCGUAAAUUUUUCUUAUUUACGUACCCGCUAAGAUGGAAAUGGGCCUCAUCACUCAUGAUUAUUUUUGAUGAAAAAUCAUCUUCCUCUUGGUGGUGAUUAAGGAUGGCUUGAGCGUAUGUUAGACACGAUUGGCGGUCAGAAGCUAACAGCUGAUGCACCGUCUGGACUUUGUACGGAAACAUCUUCAAAUCUUGCACCAAAAUUCGCCGUAAAGACCGUCGACUGAUACCAAUUUGCGUGGCACGUCGUCUGGUCGAUGUCAACGGCGAUUCCAUGACAUACUCGGCUACAGCAGUAAUAUUCUCUGCAGAACGGCUACUCCGGGGUCUGCCACGCCUGGCAGCAUCUCGUGUUGUGCCAGUCACUUCGAGGCGAACGGCUAAACGUCGUAGUGUUUCACCAGUAGGCGUUGGACGGCGAGGAAAUCUGCGACGAAAUUCACGUUGUGCCAAAGUCACCGACCGAUUAUUGGUCAAAUAAAUAGUCAGCAAUAUUCCGCGUUCUGGAGCAGUGUAGCGUAACAUUGUUUAUUAAAGUGUAUUUCGCAUGUGUUUACUACACAAACGUCAAAACAGAACUGACAUUAGGGGCCAAUCGCAAAAUUUAUAGCAUUUUCUGAUAGGAGGAUUACUUUAGCGCCACCUGUUACAUAUUUCUUCAGAUAUUUCUUUCUUCAUCUUCGGUAUCAGAGCUCUUCGCUAGAAAUUGGUUUGCCUCUUUAUCCGAUUCAUCUGAUGAAGGCAAUUAGUUCUGUCACAAUACUGCGUAAGAUUUGAUCGUUUCCGAAGUCUUCAGUAAAACUAGAAUUCUGUGGUUUGAAAUUUAUGAAGACAGUAAAAAUUGGUUUCCAAAUAGGAAAAUAUGUUUACAUGCAUCUUCAAAUUUUCGGGUUUUGCGUGCAAUUGACUCUUCUUCUUCUCGAUAUGCGCAUAAGCGCUUACGCGAUUUUUGCCCGUGCAAUUGACUCACACUUUCCAAAACUUACACUGGAUUUUGAGCGACAAAUUAACGCUGAAUUUAUCAAGUGUAUCUAACAUCUUUUUUAGUGACUUUUCAUAAGGGUUUGAAGCCCUUUAAUAACUUCUUUGACUGUGAUCGCCUUUCCCCCUACCAACGUAGGCUAGCUGUGUUCCUCACUAAAAUAGUCUUGCUUACGAUUGGAUUAUUCGAAACGGUCAUACAUACAUGUAUACUAGGCCGAGUCGAUUUGUGGGGAGGCAAAAAAAUCGCCCAUUGCUCUGUGAAAAUCAUAUUCUAGGGAUCAAAAUAAGAAACUUUGCCGAAGGAACCAUACCUCUAAAACGAAUUCUGAUGUCCCCCAAUUUGGGUCGAACUUUUUAAUUUCUUUUCUCAUGUAAAGGCCAAAAAUGGUGAUAUUUUGAAAUGAUUGUAUGGGGAACCCCCCAGGGGAGCUCCAGGGGGUGUGCCACUGGCAUGGGUGGAUCGGCCGUCCAAAGUUAGUGGGGGUCGGUCAUACAUUUGGACUCGAUUGGGGGACAUCAGGAUUCGUUUUAGAGGUAUGGUUCCUUCGGCAAAGUUUCUUAUUUUGAUCCCUAGAAUACGAUUUUCCCAGAGCAAUGGGCGAUUUUUAAAUCGACCCGCCCUAAUGUCUAUGUUCUACCUAGAAACGAAAGAUUUGUAUUGCCGAACACCGAAUUGUAACUUUAUCGAACUCAGUCUAAAUACCCCAUUAUUUGUGUAAAAAGUGAUUUUCGGAUGUAAUUUUAUAUUCAUAUUUAUUUAUGUAAAUUAUUUUAAGAAGUUCUUGAUAUAAAAUGCGAUAUACUACAGUAUUUAUUUAAUAACAUUACAUGGAAUG